UUUACUUUCUUCUUACCAACCCAUGCUUUUCCUUGUAGUUUCCAGGCAAAAGUGUUAGACUUUCCAAAACAAAAAACAAGAAACAAAUUGGAGCUCAUCUUCACUCUACCUUCCAUUUUGUUCAGAAAGCACAUCAAUUUCACCAAAGCAACGGACGUGAUGGUUGGUUUUAAUGAAGAAACUGAAAUGCUUAUAGAGCAACUUGUGAGAGGACAUCGACAAUUAGAUGUGAUCUCAAUAUUUGGAAUGCCAGGACUCGGAAAAACAACCUUGGCUAAGAAAUUGUAUGAUCAUGAAACAAUUUCCAAUCGUUUCGAUAUUCGCUUGUGGUGUUGUUCUUCUCAAUCUUAUAAUAAUAGAGUUCUCUUGUUUGAAUUAUUAGGUCAUAUUUGUGAGCUUGAUGAUAUUACUAAAGAAAAAAGUGAUGAUGAGUUAGCUGAGAAGCUUUAUAGAUAUUUGAAAGGAAAGAGAUACCUUAUUGUAGUGGAUGAUGUGUGGAGUCCUAAUGCAUGGGAUGAUAUAAAGAGACCGUUUCCCGAUGAUAAUAAAGGAAGUCGAAUUAUUUUAACAACUAGACUUGAAUCAAUCACCACGUAUGCCAUGAUCAAUUCGAGUCCUCAUCAUCUUCGCUUGUUCACAGAAGAAGAAAGUUGGAUGCUACUGAAGGAGAAGGUAUUCAAAGAAGACAAUUGUUAUUGUCCUCAACAACUCGAGGAUAUAGGUAAGCAAAUAGCGACAAAGUGUGGAGGAUUACCCCUUGCAAUUGUAUUGGUAGCUGGUGUUCUUGCAAAAAAUGAUAAGGAAAUAGUUCAUUGGCAACAAGUAAGGGAACGUUUGAAGUUAAAAAUGCAAGGUUGUAUGGAUAUAGUUGAAUCGAGUUAUCAACACUUACCCGUUCAUUUGCAAAAUUGUUUUCUCUAUUUUGCUUCAUUUCUAGAGGGUAAAAAAGUUCCUGUUCAAAAAUUGAUACGACUAUGGAUCGCAGAAAAUUUUGUUGAAGCUAGUAGUACUACAUUAAAGAGCUUAGAGAUGGUUGCAAUGGAUUAUUUGAUGGAUUUAAUUAGGAGCAACCUAGUGAUGGUGGCUAAUAUAAAUUCCUCGGGGGAGCUCAAAGCUGUCUAUAUUCAUGAUGUAAUACAUGAAUUUAGCUUGAGGAAAGCUAAAGUUGGCAACUUUUUGCUGAGGAUAAAUGACCAGCUGAGGUCAAGGGUUCGAGCCGUGGAAACAGCCUCUUGCAGAAAUACAGUUGUUUAUAUACUUCCAUCUUCCAAAGGUCGCUCUGGACGCAUAUAUAUCUUAGCACCUUCUGGACGAAAUAUCAACACCUUACGAUUCCUUCCCAGUGUAAAUUCUCCUUGGGUUGAUUUAGAUUUGGCUAAAUCCUGGAAAAACCUGAGAGUAUUAGAUUUGAGUUCCGUAAAGCUGCAUAAGACUCAUGCAGAUGCAUUGAGAUAUCUGAUUCAUUUGAAGUAUUUGGAGCUGCAGUUGCCUUCUGAUUACACUUCAUAUACAAUAUGCAACCUGAAGGAGCUAGAGACAUUUAUAGCGACCGGAGUCUAUCAUAAAUCCUGCAUUCCAAAUUCCAUUUGGGGUAUGACAAGCUUGAGGCAUCUGCAUAUAAGUACUCUAUACACCUCUCAAAUAUUAGAGGAUCUUGACAACUUAAAAACAUGUUCGAAUUUGGUUAUUGAUGCUGGGGUGUAUUAUCAGAGUUUUAUGAAAAGAUUACCCAAUCUUGAAAAGCUCAGUUGUCGAUUAUGUGGCUCAGGAACCCGUUUUUACAAAUACUUUCCUGCUUUCGGAUCUCUUGGUCAACUCAAAUCUCUCAAGAUCGAUGUCACUAGGUUAUUGACAUAUCCCUAUGGUUUUGAAGACUUUACAUAUCCGUCAAGCCUCAAGAAAUUAACUUUGGCAUAUCUUGAGCUCCCUUGGAGUAAAAUGUCCUACAUUGGUAGUUUGUCCAACCUUGAAUUUCUUAAAUUAGAAGGUAAUGGUUUUAAAGGGAGGUGGGACGUUAAGGACGGGGAGUUUUCUAACCUUAAAGUUUUGAAAUUAAAGAAACUAGGACUCUCGGAAUGGACUGCCUCUGAUGACUCAUAUCCCAACCUACAGCGAGUACUGGUGCACGGGUGUUGGAAACUAGAGGAAAUUCCUUAUAGUUUUGGGAGUAGUUGCUCAAUGCAACUUAUUGAGGUAAGAUCAUGUUGUGACUCUGCGGUAAAUGCUGCCCUCAAAAUUAAAGAAACACAAAUUGAGGAGAUGGGGAAUUCUGAAUUCAAGGUUAUUAUUUGUAAGUAAAGUCACAAGUCUGAUUCAGAAGGAUUGUUUAAUUAGGUUUCUUUGUCAUAUUUUUUAAUUAAAUAUAUGUAAAUGAAAUGCUACACAUGUUAUGUAAGGCCAUCCUAUAAUUGCUUGAUCUAAGAGUCUAAUAAAAGAGUGUUUCUUAUCAGA